GACUAUGAGCAUGCCCUGACGGGAGGCCCAUGGAUGAUCGGCGAUCACUACAUUACAGCUGUUCCGUGGAGGAAGGGCUUCAACCCCAGAGCUCAUUCCAUUACCUCGACGUUGGUUUGGCUCCAGCUGCCGGAUUUGCCAAUCGAAUUGUACCACCCUGAGGCAGUCCUGCGUAUUGCUAGUCGAGCGGGGAGACCUAUACGCUUAGACCGGGCAACUGCGACAGGCGCAAGGGCGAAGUUUGCCCGAGCCGUUGCUAUCAAAAUUCAAAGUAGCGGGGAUCGAGUAUGAGAUUAAGUAUGAGGGACUGCAUAAUGUGUGCUUCCAGUGCGGACGGUAUGGUCAUAGCCUGGCCAGUCGCCCGAAUAAUCAUUCUGAUAGGUCCCAAAAAGAGCCGGGAACUAGCAACGACUCUACCCAUACACGACAUGAGGAACAAUAUGGUGACUGGAUGAUAGCUAAGCGUAGAGACCGAAGACCUUACCCCAAGAAAACUCAGGUGGACGGGUCACGGGAGACUUCUUCCUCCCAACGACCACCACAAGCCCAGGUCGUAGGCUUCCGCUUUGCUGCGCUAAUGGAGGAGGAGGAGGAGGAGGAAGGUACGGACAACCAACCAGUGAACCGCCACUCCAGCUCACAAGACACCCAAGCUACGCGUAAGCCAGACCCGCCUCCGCAACGCCAAGUGUGGAGGGAAAAGACUACCACCCAUGCUGCCCCGAAGGAGAUAUCCACGAACACGGUGAGCUGCCAUAGUCCUGAAAUACAGUUAGAUGCUGCCAUGCAAAACCAUGCACAUGACGUGACACGUACUGAGCCUAAAGAAUCAAGGGAUAGUGGGAAGGACAAGAACAACAUCGAGGAAAUGAGCAAUAGCCUGCAAUGUGUUACUAGGGAGGAAAUGUCCAGUCGAUCCAAUGUGCUCCCCUCCCCCAUGGAAGUCUCUGACCAACCCCAAUGGCCGGCGAAGCCACCAGAACCGCCCUCGGACAAUGGCCAAAAGCACAGCCUUUCGCCGCCGGUAGGGGUAAAACAGAGCAUGAACGCAGUGGAUGUCCUACCUCCAGUUGACCAAGCAAAAGCGAGUAGCCGAGUAGAGAGCACUAAUGGGGGUUCCCUAGCCGUAAUGUCCCAACCAGCCCUAUGAUAGAUACACGGCUCUUUGUGUGGAACUGUAGAGGGGCAGGAAGUGACCGCUUUGUGCGAGUUUUCAAGGAGUACUAGAAACAAUACCCACGGCUACGCCGCGGGAACAAUUAAUCGUAUUUGGCAUAUUUAGAAGUAGUAUACUCAUUACGAAAAUAGUUAGAAAUUAUAAAGCAAGU